AUGGUAGCAUGCAAAGUUCCCGGCGAAAUCACACGAGUUCAAACUGUCCCUACAGGCUACGCUAUAUCCGCAACUGACGAAGGCACGGCCUUCCUACUCUCCACCCAGGCUAAAGAGCUAGCUGGGGACGGCUACUUCGAGGCCGCGACGGAAUACCACCAGGUCGUGGUCUCCCGUAUCCCACAGCGAAUCUGGAACCCCGAUAGUGGCUGGAUGCCUACUACAAUCAGCGAUAUUAGUGCAGAGGCGGAGCGGGUAACCGGCCAAAAACCGCUCACAACCAGGCUCUCUAACCACCAGAUCGAAGCGGACUCUGUUACAGCGGUUAUAGCCUUCCCAAAGAAGCCCCGCUACGCACUUCAGCUAUUCGGCGCCUCCGGCCUAUCUAGGCCUACUCGCCCGAAGCAACGGCCGCUACAGUGUACCCGCUGCCACAGCUUCCAUGACACGCGGGCCUGCCGCUCUAGCGAACGCUGCGUCUCCUGCGGAUCGUCCAAGCCGGAACAUACCUGCCGCGCACAAUGCAUCAACUGCCAUGGACCGCAUGCUGCGGACUACCCAAAAUGCCCCGCUAGGCCCUACACACAGAAAGGGGCUAUCGUGCGCCUCUCGAAAGCCGCCUUAACUGCCGCCAAUGUCGGGAGGGGCGGCCCUGCCCACGACCUACUUCUAUCAUACGAAGCAGACGUCAUCUUAGUCCAGGAGCCCUGGACUGAUAUGACAAGGCAACUCACGAAGACUCACCCACGCUACCAGCUGUUUGGCCCCACCACCCGCUGGGAAGCUCGGCCUAGAGCUCUGACAUACGUACGUAGGGACCUCCCUGCGUUCCCCCUCCCCCCACCCCGAUUCACCCGAUAUCGCAGCAGUCUGCGUAUCCGGACUCACAAUAAUCAACACCUACCGCCCCCCCCCAAGGAUCUAGUGGUCCCAAACACUUCUAGCUCAACACCAUCUACCCUCCACACACUCCUACAGUACUCCCCCCCGCAGAACACCAUCUUAGCCGGGGACUUCAACACCCACCACCCACUCUGGCAGCCUGAGACGGAGGCUCACAACACUACACCAGGAGCAACAGCGCUUAUAGAGUGGCUGGAGGCCAACGGACUGGCCCUUUGCAUUGAGCCCGGCACCCCUACCCGCGGGCCAAACACCAUAGACCUCGUCUUCUCGGACAUCCCCGUGGAAGCUACAGCAGAGGACCAUCUCUCUUCCACGAGCGACCAUGCAACUAUACUAAUUACAAUAGACUGGCAGGAACCCCCACCCCGUCGGAAGCUGGGCUCUACCGACUGGGAGAAGGCUAAGAUAUUACUCAACCUGCCGCAUAAGGACCUCCCGGUUGACGACAUAGCCGAAAAACUAGUCAACACCGUGCAAGGAGCCAUUCGAGGUGCAUCUAAAUACAACACCCGCGGACUCCCACGUACCCCUUGGUGGACGCCAGAGCUCACAGAUCUACUACGAAAGACACGGCAGCAGCAGGUGCCCGACUACCUCUCGCUUCGGAGAGCGAUCUCUCGCGCCAAGGCCAGCUCCUGGAAGGAGCGGAUCGAGCAGGCCACUUUACCCACAGACGCUUUCACACUCGCCAGGUUGCACAGGCGCGCAGACCAGCUCUCCGCUCCCCCUCUACAUAUCCGGAACGAACGGAUCACGACGCCCCAGGGCAAGGCGGACACCUUCCUCACUCACCUUCUAGAGAAGGGAACCUCCUUCCCGCACCAGCAGGAGGAGGGGCCCCCGACUCAGCCCCGAGAUUUAGGUGGAGAAAGCCUUCCAGCAGAAGAAGGUGGCCUCGUUACUACUACUGGACGGAUGGGACGAGGGCCUUACUUCUUGGAUACGCGACUGGCUAUCCGACCGCUCCGUGUCGGUCCAGGUCGGAGACGCUACCGCCACCGCAAAGCUCAGAGGAGGCCUCCCACAGGGGUCCCCCCCUAUCCCCCUGUCCUCUUCCUCCUAUAUGCGGCGAAGAUAGUCUCCUCACAAGAUAACUCUUUCUGCUACGCGGACGACCUAGGGCUUCUGUUCGUCGGGGACUCCCUCGAGGAGACAUCCCAGCAGCUAGUAGAAGUAUACAAAACAAUCACCCUAUCUGGAGCGGCAUCAGGUCUCCCAUUCUCCCCAGAGAAGACCGAGAUCCAACAUUUCUCGAAGCAGCGGAAGCUGUCCGCGCCUACGGUCACUCUACCAGGGCAAGCUCACCUUCCGGCCACAUACCAACUGGGUCUUCAGCCGGGAAAGCGGCUCGCACUACAUCUCCGGAAGCUCAGCAAUACCCAGCGAGGAUGUCCGGUUUCCUCUAUGCGCGCAGCGGUUAUUCAGUGCGUGAUACCGACAGCAUUAUACGGCGCGGAGGUCUUCUACACCGGCCGAGGGCAGAAAGGCCUCAUCGACUCUCUACGCUCCCUACUCCGGCUCGCGGCUCUAGCCAUCCUUCCAGCUUACAGAACAACCCCUACCUCAGCGCUACUUCGCGAGGCAGAUCUACCCUACCCGGAAGCCCUCCUCGACGGCGUCCUUCAAAAGGCAGCAGUCCGAUACGCGAGCCUAGACGUUAGGCACCCGAUUGCAAGAGUCACCAUUAGCGCAUACGAUCCUAGAGGGACGAGACUCACCAAAAUCCUCCAACGCGUCCCAACGCCCGCACCGGAGAGAGUACGCAUAGAAUCGCGUCUCCCACCGCUCCGCAUACUACCUACUACGGACACAAACAAGGCCGUAUACUCACUAGCACCGCUACGGCUGACGGUCUACUCGGACGGCUUACCUGGCUCCCAGACAGAGGUGUACGACGCCGAGCUUAUGGGCGCAGUAGAGGGCCUCCAGGCGGCUGUCAACCUACCCUGCGUAAGCUACUCCGCCGGCCUCGUUAUCUUCCUCGAUAACCUCGCUGUCGCUAGCCUACUCGCGGACGGGAGACCUGCGCUACACAGACGAAAACUCACGAACUUAUUUCAAAAGCUUACUACCCAGUGGAAAUCCGCUCCCUAUAUCCUCAGCACACCCCGCACGCCGGUGGAGGUGCGCUGGAUGCCAGGCCACUCCGGGAUAGCAGGGAACGAGACUGCCGAUGAGCUAGCAAAGAGGGGCGCAGCGUUAGACGGCUCCUAUAUUCCCCCUUCCCUAUCUUACCUAAUGCGUGAAGCGAAACAACAUACCCGCGCGGCAACGUGUACUGCGUAUACCAGGGACGCACCUCAGGCAUACCAAGACCUAAAUAUUCAACCUUACACUAAGAACAGCCGCGCUCGGGAACACCGGCUUCCCCGCGGGGUGCUCGGCCGGCUACUAGCCGUGCGGACUGGCCAUGGUGACUUCCAGGCAUACCACGAGAGGUUCUAUCACAGGGACUCCCUUACGACCUGCUCCUGCGGUAAGCCAAAAUCCCCCGUCCACUUCUUCUUCUGCCCGCCUGCGAGGAAACGCUGGAAGGAUCGAUGGAAAGGUCCAAAGGUCAGCCCAUCUGCAAUGAUAGACUGGAUACUGAGCACAGCUGCUGGGGCCGAGGAAUUCGGCCGUUUCGUGCAAGAAACGUCCUUCUUUAAGGAUAUCUGCCCAAAUCGGGCACAAACAUGCGCCGCAUAG